AGGCAACGCGCCCUAGCGCCCCACUCGCGCGCUCUGCUCCGUCCCCACCGCCCGGGCUGGGGCCGGCCGAGGGGCGCGCCAUGCAGGCGGGCGAGGAGGCGCGGGCAAGGGCGGCGGCGUCCCAGCGGGGGGACCAGGAUGCGCAGCUGGAGAGGAUGCAGGAGCAGGCACAGAAGCAGAAGGAGAUGGAGGAGCAGAAGCGCGUCAUGGUGAGGCAGGUCUUGGAGCCCGAGGCCUUGGAGAGACUACACAGGGUCGGGCUGGUCAAGCCGGAGAAGCAGAUGCAGAUCGAGGGGGUGAUCCUGAACAUGGUCCAGUCAGGCCCGAGACGGGGUGCAUCCGCGCGCACGCCAUCCUCCUCCUGUCCCCCUAUCAUGUUCUCAUGUCUUUUCGCUUCCACCUGACGCCGACCUGUGGCCAUCCCAUGCUAUGUCUCAAAUCUGAGCGUUGCCAAAAUCGGACCGCCAGCCGCAGUCCUCAUCAGCACCGACGGCCACACGAGGCCUGAUGAGUCCUGGGCACCAGUUGCAGCCGGGCGGCAGCCAAGCAGUCCGCCCGCCCAAGGCGAGAGGAUCGGGGCAGAGGGGUCCCACGACGGCGGGCAGGAGGCGCGCUCUGCCGCGUGCUGCGUGCGUCCCAGCGCCGGGGAGGUGGGCUGCACGGCGUGCGAGCGGGCCAACGAGCACCGAGGUGAUGCGGGAUCAUGAUGGGCUUGUCACGAUCGGCAGAGAUCACAAGGCAGAGAUCGUGGCGAUCACAAGGAGACGCUCGUGAAGACCACAAUCGGACCACUGAGUAGUCAGCUCGACGAAUCGGAAUUCGAGGUGCCAACUGACGAGCAGUCGGCAAGCGUGCCGGUACUCACGUGAUGGGCCUUCGGGUAAGCAAGCUAGUAGCCAGAGCAAGCAUGAAUGUGCAAUAUCGCGGGCAAGCCACCAAGUAAGCUCAUUCGCGAAUUCACGGAUAAAUGGGACUCUGAAGAGCAUAUUGGUUCGCAAUUGGCGUAGUCACAGGCGUUGUCGGAUAUUGCAUGGUAUCGCAUCUCGAGAGCAGCACCAUGUCGCUCCACGACCAGGACGAGCACCACGCCGUCCCAUAGCGAUGCCGCACCCUGGUCGGCUUGGCCAGGGAGCCCACCGACGUUUAAGCCGCACGGCCGUUGCCGAAUGCCUCCUCGUUCGCUCCUUAAGGCUUGAACGACCACGCUAGCGCGACUGGAUUGACUUGAUCAUUAUCCCU